UUCAGGCAGCAGGCAGAGGCAUGGUCGAUUUCACAGGCCGAGGUCAGUUCAGAUGGGAAGGCAGGAAAAAUGAAUUCAGGCAACAGGCAGAAACGUGGCAGGGAAAUAGCAAACAGAGGACAAAGAAAUAUAUCUUCACCGUACUUCACUAAUAAUGUUUUAGUGCGGUAUGGUAGAUACGGAAGCACUCUUCUAUAUACAGAGACCAGGCUUUGAGGGACAACUGGGGACAGUAGUAUCGGGUGUCAGAUCGAAUUCUAUGUUUGGUGCAUACCCGACAUCUCUUUUGAGGAUUGCGGUCUGUUUCGGU